AUGAUUAUCCUGAGCGCUGGGCAGGGAGGCAGGCAGGCACGGAGAAACUGUAAACAGACCAGCGCUGAAAUCCUAACAGUCCUUCUAUUGAUCCACUGCCUUUUCUCUAACAUAACCCAAAACGAUGGAAAGGAGCCUCCAGGACCCACACCACUUCCCAUUUUUGGGAACUUCCUGCAGCUGUACCUGAAGAAAACACAUGUCACGUUACUGGAGCUAUCCAAACAAUUUGGAUCUAUUUUCACCAUCUAUCUGGGGACCAAAAAAGUGGUGGUCCUGGUAGGAUACAAUGCAGUAAAGGAGGCACUUGUUGACUAUGCUGAAGUGUUUGGAGAAAGGGAUCUGACACCAAUUAUUGAUGAGCAUUUUCAAGGACAUGGUAUUGUGUGGGCUAAUGAUGACACAUGGAAAGAGAUGAGGCGCUUUUCAAUGAUCAACCUGAAAGACUUUGGAAUGGGAAAGAAAGAAUUUGAGGACAAAAUCAUUGAGGAGUGUCAUUACCUUAUGGAAGCUUUUAAACAGUUCAAAGGAGAAUUUGAUGUCAACCAAUCAUUAAACAAUGCAACUGCCAAUAUUAUCUGCUCCUUGAUCUACGGCAACAGAUUUGAUUACAAUGACCUGGAGUUUACAUCUUUG